CUUCUAACGACCACGAGUUUUUCUUCAAUCCGAUUUUAUUUUUAUUUACUCGAAACAGUAAAAGCUAGAGAGCUUUCUCCAGUAAUCCACAGCCACACACAUUUUAUCCACACCCCCUUAUCCCCCAACUCAGUGAAAGAAACAAAAAAAAAAGUUUCAAUCUUUCAAACAUUUCGAAACUUUGACAAAGAAACAGAGACUAUCAUGCUUCUCAGAGGCCCAAUCUCCACUCCUCCACCUUCUCUCCGGAUAAGGUCCACCUUGAACCCACAAAACGCAGCCGCACAGCCAUCACAAGCGUCGUUUCCAGCGGCGAAGCAAAGCUACUCAAUCACCGACGAGGAUCUCCAGUCCAAAGGCUUUCUCCUCCGCCGCACUCCCGAAGGCCUAAACCUGGACCACCUCAACUCCGUCUUCGUGGCGGUGGGGUUCCCGCGGCGGGACACGGCGAAGAUAGAGGUGGCGCUGCGGCACACGGACGCGAUGCUGUGGGUGGAGAACGAGAAGACGCGGCGGCCGGUGGCGUUCGCGAGGGCGACGGGAGACGGAGUGUUCAACGCGAUCAUAUGGGACGUGGUGGUUGACCCGACGUUCCAGAGCUUGGGGCUCGGGAAGGCGGUGAUGGAGCGGCUGAUCGAGGAUUUGCGGAGGAAAGGGAUCUGCAACAUCGCUCUGUAUUCGGAGCCUCGGGUUCUCGGGUUUUACCGCCCGCUCGGGUUUGUUUCCGACCCGGAUGGGAUCCGAGGAAUGGUGUUCGUUCGCAAACAGAGAAACAAGAAGUGAAAUGAAUAAACUUUAUUUCGAUUUAACAUUACAAUGUCUUUGUAAGUGGAAACAGAGAGAGCUGUAUAGAGUAUGCAGAGAAGUAGAGAUAAAGUUUGUGAUACAAUUGUUUAAGAAGUAGAUUUGGCGUGGUGGAGGAAGGCGACGGAGCAGAGGAUGGUGGUGACGAGAGCGAAGAACCCUAAUCCGAUCAUUAGAGAGAUUCCGGCGACGAUUAGAUCCAUUGAUGUCUGCACGCUUAUUCCCAUCAUUCUCUUGAUUUAUCUGCUUAGUACGAUAAAGAUGUGUUCGAGGAAAGAAGAAAAGCCUUUCGCUUUUGACACGUUUUACUAGAUGACCAGAGACGGACACAUAUAGAUAGAGAUUACAUUACAUGUGACGUGUCUCACGUUAUUUGGUCGGUUUAUGUAUUUUUUACUAAACUAGACGGCUUUUUUCUCUGUGACUGAUUCCGACUUAGAAAGGGGAAUUAAGUUCUGGGAAUGAGUUGAGGAAAUCUUGGCAAGUUUCUGCCAGGGAACAUGGAGGAUGUAGUUAGUUAAGUAGGCAAAUGUGGUGGAGUGAUGAUUGGUCUUUGA